GUUAUUCAAAAAGUAAUCAGAAAAUUAAGCUUAACGAAUAUUUUUGGUUUUUGAUAUAACAUAUUUUAAAGUAAUUGAAAUAUUGAUCAAACGUUUUACAUAUAACAAAAUUUCUACCCCCUGUAUGAAUUAUAUGAGAAAAUGGGCAACCCAAUGAUUUCAUAAUAACGCAACUGGUUUAGUAUACAGCUUGAUCAGUUUUGAAAAUAAUUCUGGGCUUGAAAACUUGCCAAGAUGAACGGGAGGAUUAUCCUGACGCUUGCUCUAGUAGCGUGUAUUCUGAUUGUUUCUCUUGAUGCCAAGCCAGUUAAGAAAGACAAAAAAAAAGAAAAGAAACACGUCGAAAAACAACAAGCUAAACAUGUGAAAAAAGCUUUAACGCCCCCAGAAAAGAAAAAGCAAUUUGCUAAUAACGAUGAACAACAGUCUGAUGAUGCUGUUGAUCCGGAUGUAGCGGCAGAUGAUGCUGCUGCUGCUCCAGCUCCAGAGGCUCCUGCUGAUGACACCCAAGAGCAAGCUGCAGAACCAACAGCCGAUGCACCACAACCAGAUCCUAAUGCAAAUCUUGACGAUUUACCUGACGAUCAAGAAGCUCCAGCCCCUCCACCACCACCACCACCACCACCAGCAACUGAUGAUGAUGACACUUCCGGAAGUGGCGCACCCCCAUUAGAUGUUUCAAUACCCAAACCGCUUCCACGCUUAUGCCCAGGAGACUGUGACCCAGAAUGUGCUCCUGCAUGUCAUGAUUUUUGUUGCAAUGGCCAUCCAGAUAUGGCAAGAUAUGCUGCAAACCAGCAACAAAUGCAGUGCAGUCCUUCUUGCGCACCAUCCUAUAAUCCCUCCUGUUGCUCUUCAAUGCAAUCGUCCCUUCCUAUGCAGUUGCCAAAUUUACAAUCACAAUGCAGUCCAUCAUGCGCACCUACCUAUAAUCCUUCCUGUUGCUCUUCUAUGCAAUCCUACGCUCCUAUGCAGGUACCAAAUCAACAAUCACAAUGCAAUCCUUCUUGCGCGCCUACAUAUAGUCCCUCUUGCUGCUCCACUUCCAUGCAACCACCUGCUCCAAUGCCAAUGCUACCAAUGCAAACUUAUACCCAACCAAUAUGUUCUCAACCACCUUGUUUACCUUAUCAAACAAAUUCACAAGUUACAUGCUCUCAACCUCCCUGUACUAUUCCAAUGCAAACCACAACAUGUCAAAUUCCCCCAUCAUGUCAGAUUCCUCCAGCCCCAACUAAUUGCGGCGUUGGUUUACAGCGCUGCGUACCUGCCCAAGCUCCUCCGUUACCAGCAGGAUGUGUGGUGCCACAAGGUUGCUCUAUGCCACCUCCACCAUUACAGUGUCUCCCACCUGGAGCUUGUUUGCCAGAACAUCUUCCAGGGCCUAUAAUAAAAUCAAAGCCAAUUGAGUUAACUAUUAGUUGUUCAACACCUCCUUGUGUUCAACCUCAACCUGCUCAGAUACCAUGCCUUUAUCCAUGCGCACAAUACCCACAACAAUAUUUGCAACCAAAUAGCGCUCAGUCUCCUUGUACAUAUCCAUGCGGUCAACAAAUGCCCGUUUUUAGUCCCCAACAACCAUGUGGGUUUUCAUGUGUACAGCAAGCUCCACAGCAAGCUAUACAACAAAAUCCUUGUGCUUCUCCUUGUGUUCAAACUCCUAUGCAGCAACCAUGUGGACCCUCUUGCGGGCAACAAACUCCAAGUCAGCAACCUUGCAGCUUCCCCUGCACUCAACAAGUGUCUCUUCCACAAACCCCUUGUCUUUCAGGCGCUCAAUGUUUAAACCAACAACCUGCAUGCUCUUCUUUGUGCAAACGUGUAUGCUCACCAAAAUGUCCAAAACAUUGUUGCAUAUCAAAAAAAUCAAAACAACAAAAAAAGAAAAAAAUUGCAUAAAAAAAUUAAAAA